AUGAAUCAGGCAGGUCAAAUUAUUCCCUUUACAACAUCUGGCUCCCUGGUGGAUUAUGUUGACCGUAAAGUAAUAGUGGUUUUACGAGAUGGUAAAAAGUUAAUUGGCAUUCUCCGGUCCUUUGACCAAUUUGCCAACCUUAUGCUCCAGUAUACGAUUGAAAGAAUUUAUGUGGAUGACAUGUUUGGUGAUAUUGAUCGAGGUGUUUUCAUUGUGCGAGGUGAAAAUGUUGUAUUACUAGGAGAAUUGGACUUGGACAAAGAAUAUGAAAUGGAAAAGGGAUUGCGCCGUGUUCCAGCGGAACAUCUAUUUCCUUUGUCAAAGGGACGUUCUGAUGAAAAGCGGAAAACUUUACGGGAAAAAACCAAAAAACUGAACACCGUCGGUUUCAGCGUCGAUUUUGGUCAUGAUGAUUUGUACUAG